GAGGCGAUGCUUAGUCACUUGACGGUCUAUCCGGCGUGACGUCAUCUAGAGGCGCCGUGCUAGUAGAGGUUCCUUGAACCGGAAGGAGAACGGUGGUGUGUGGCGGCCGGUAUGAGCGGUGCGGAGUUGUUGGCAUGGCUGGGCCUGUGUUGGGUUCUGGCGGUGAGCGCGGCUCCUCAGGCUGAGUGUGAAGUCUGUAAAGAAUAUCUGCACCGAUUUUACCAAUCUUUACUAGAAAGGAAUAUUGACUUUACCCCAGCCGCCAUAGAGAGAGAAUUAAUCAACACAUGCAGAGACACUACAGGAAAGGAGAACCGCCUGUGUUAUUACUUAGGAGCCACAAGUGACGCAGCUACAAAAAUUCUGAGCGAAGUUACUCGUCCUAUGAGUGCACACGUUCCAGCAUCCAAAAUCUGUGAAAAGCUAAAGAAGAUGGACCUUCAGAUUUGUGAGCUGAAGUAUGAGAAGGAGCUAGAUUUCAACUCUGUGGACCUGGCCAAGAUGAAGGUGGCAGACCUGAAGAGGAUACUAGACCGAUGGGGAGAAGCAUGUGUAGCCUGCUUAGAGAAAACUGACUAUGUGCAGCUCAUAAAAGAACUGAUUCCAAAGUAUACAGAGAAAAGCCAGAAGGCAGAUCUCUGAAACCUAUAUUAGGUAAUAUGAUAAGAAAACAAGAUAUGGACUGGUGAACUUUUCUAUACUUAAAUUACACGUAGAAGCAAACUACACUGAUAUUUUAUGUGUAACCCCUUUGCUUUAGACUUCUGGUUUAAGAUAUAAAGAUUUUCAAGACAGACAAA